AUCUCCCCCAAGGCCUGUGACCUGCUGGCUUCCUGCGUGCUCCUCUGAAAAUGCAGCGGCUGUUGACUCCAGUGAGGCGGGUGUUGCAAGUGAAGAGAGUGAUGCAGGAAGGGUCCCUCCUGCCUGCUCGCCUUCUCCCAGCAGUCCACCCCAGGUUUUCUACAUUCCCUGCUGUCCCCUUGGCCAAAACAGAUACUUGGCCAAAGGAUGUGGGCAUCCUUGCCCUGGAGGUCUAUUUCCCAGCCCAAUAUGUGGACCAAACAGACCUGGAGAAGUUUAACAAUGUGGGGGCAGGGAAGUACACGGUGGGUUUGGGCCAAAGCCAGAUGGGCUUCUGCUCAGUCCAGGAGGACAUCAACUCCCUGUGCCUGACGGUGGUGCAGCGGCUGAUGGAGCGCACACAGCUCCCGUGGGACUCUGUGGGCCGGCUGGAAGUGGGCACUGAGACCAUCAUUGACAAGUCCAAGGCUGUCAAAACAGUGCUCAUGGAGCUCUUCCAGGAUUCAGGCAACACUGACAUUGAGGGCAUAGAUACCACCAAUGCCUGCUAUGGUGGCACUGCCUCCCUCUUCAAUGCUGCCAACUGGAUGGAGUCCAGCUCUUGGGACGGUCGCUAUGCACUGGUGGUCUGUGGAGACAUUGCAGUCUACCCCAAUGGUAACCUUCGCGCCACAGGCGGGGCUGGAGCUGUGGCAAUGCUGGUUGGGCCCGAGGCCCCUCUGGCCCUCGAGAGAGGGCUUAGAGGAACCCACAUGGAGAAUGUAUAUGACUUCUACAAACCAAAUGUGCCCUCAGAGUACCCGCUGCUGGAUGGAAGUCUCUCCAUCCAGUGCUACUUACGGGCCCUGGACCGAUGCUACACAUUAUACCGUCAAAAGAUCCAGAACAAGUGGAAGCAAGCUGGCAACGAUCAACCUUUCACUCUCGACGAUUUACAGUUUAUGAUCUUUCAUACACCCUUCUGCAAGUUGGUCCAGAAAUCUGUGGCUCGCCUGAUGUUCAAUGACUUCCUGUUAGCCAGCGGCGACACACAGACUGGCCUCUAUAAGGGGCUGGAGGCCUUCAGGGGGCUAAAGCUGGAAGACACCUACACCAAUAAGGACGUAGACAAAGCACUUCAAAAGGCCACUCUGAACACAUUCAACAAGAAAACCAAGCCUUCCCUCUACCUCUCCAUGUGCAAUGGGAAUAUGUACACGUCAUCCCUGUAUGGAUGCCUGGCCUCACUUCUGUUCCAUCACUCUGCCCAGGAGUUGGCUGGCUCCAGGAUUGGUGCCUUCUCCUAUGGCUCUGGCUUGGCAGCAAGUUUCUUUUCAUUUCUGGUGUCCCAGGAUGCUUCUCCAGGCUCUCCCCUGGAGAAGCUGGUAUCUAGUACAUCAGAUCUGCCAAAACGUCUCGCCUCCCGAAAGCGUGUGUCUCCUGAGGAGUUCACAGAAAUAAUGAACCAAAGAGAACAAUUCUACCACAAGGUGAAUUUCUCACCACCUGGUGACAAAAACAGCCUUUUCCCAGGCACUUGGUACCUGGAGCGAGUGGAUGAGCUAUAUCGCCGAAAGUAUGCCCGGCGUCCAGUCUAAAGGUGAUACGUGGAGAGGUUUCUGGGAAAAGUAUGCUGUAGAACGUCUGCCCUCUCUCGAUCGUGCAAACCCCCCACUCUUAGCUGGUAAAUAGAUUGGAUUGGACGCCGCAGCCCCCAUAAGCACUGGCCCUGUGGAGUGAGGGGCCAUCCUUAGCGGGUCCUUCAUGCCAUUCCCUGCUGCAAUCAUUGUCAUGGGCUUGUGGUGCUGCAAGAGCCCUUUGUGAGAGAGGGAGAUGGAGGGAUGGAGGGAAGGCCCAGCCUUGAAUCACAGACCAGAAAUGUGGCAGAUCUCUUGUCUUCUUCAAGAUCCAGAUAACUUGCCUCUCAUUCGUUAUAGCUUUGCUGUCGUUAUUAUUAAACUUCUGUGCUGUUAUGUGUCUGUUUCUUAGGGUUUUCCGUGAAUGUCUAAAUUUCAUGUGUGGUACUAAGCUAAUAUAACACAAUUAAAAAGUAGAGAA